CGACACAGUCCACCGAGCAGCUCAUUGCAGAACUUUCGUCCACGAAAUCAUAAAAGCUUCAGACACAUGGCCAAAGGGAAGGAGAACGCCGCGACCAAGCAAGGUAUCAUCCUCUACGACCCCGACGAGUACACUCGCACCACCGGCCAUCAAGUUGCGCGACGUGUGCAACCAGCGCAGGCACUCAAAGGGCCGGUACCCAUGCCCAUGUUGACCGGUCAAGACCUCAAGCCGAGGGGAAUACGGAAUCGCCGAGGAUCCCUGGUGAGCUUCCGCCGCAUUCAAGCCGUACCGGCUAGCUUGGAACCCCCCGCAACGUUGGCAUUACACAACAACUUGCAGAUCAACGCGGUGCGAGAUCAUCAACGCAUUUCCCUGGCCAACACCAUGCUUGUUCAUGAAGACAUUCCGAUGCUCGAAGAAACCCCAGACGAAGAAAUGCCAUCUCGCAAGUCGUGGCGACUACGAAAGCUGUGGCGAAAAUAUGUUAGCCGCAGGCCACCUGUUGGGCUAUUGCCACCAACUGGAUUUGCGUUAACGAUUAACCUCAUAUUUUUCACUAUCGAUUAACAUGAUUGUGAACCGCGC